AUGAAGUUUUGUCUACAGAAGCAGCUGGUGGAGAAUCAGAGGAAAUUCCAGCAGAGAAUCCAGCAGACGGAGAAUAAACUGCAGGAGCUGAGACAGGCUAUGGACAAUCUCAGGCACUCUGCACAGGCAGCAGUGGAGGACAGUGAGAAGAUCUUUACUGAACUGAUUGAGUCCAUUGAGAGACGACGCUCUGAGGUGAAAGAGCUGAUCAGAGCUCAGGAGAAGACUGAACUGAGUCAGACUGAAGAGCUCCUGAAGAAACUGGAGCAGGAGAUUGCUGAUCUGAGGAGGAGAGACGCUGAGCUGGAGCAGCUUUCACACUCAGAGGAUCACAUCCAUUUCCUCCAGAGUUUCCAGUCUCUCACUGCUCCUCCUCAAUCUGCAGACUUACCCUGUAUCACAAUUAGUCCACAGUUCUCCAUGGAGGACCUGAAGAAAGCUGUGACUGGAGUGAUGGAACAAGUUAAACCAGAAAUAGUCAAGUUCUCUGGAGGGAUUGUAUCUUCAUCCAUGACGCCUGAUACUUGGCAGAAACCACAAGAAAUCCAUCAGUUACCUGAACCAAAGACCAGAGAGGACUUCCUGAAAUAUUCCUGUCAGCUCACUCUGGAUCCAAACACAGUACACAGAAAUCUCGCUCUGACUGAGAGGAACAGAAAAGUGACAUUUAUGCGGGAGACCCAAAAACAUCCUGAUCAUCCAGAGAGAUUUGAUGAAGCUUGGCAAGUUCUCUGUAGAGAAAGUCUGACUGGACGCUGUUACUGGGAGGUCGAGUUUAGCAGGAAUUAUGUUUAUAUUGCAGUGUCUUAUAAAGGCAUCAGUAGGAAAGGAGGAUAUAAUGAGUCUAGAUUUGGCUCUAAUGAUCAGUCCUGGUGUCUGAUCUGCUGGGGCUCCAGAUUCUCUUUCAAACACAAUAAUAAAGAGUCUAAACUCCCCGUAAACUCCAGCUCCUCCAGAAUAGGAGUGUAUGUGGAUCACAGUGCAGGAAUUCUGUCCUUCUACAGCGUCUCUGACUCAAUGACCCUCCUCCACAGAGUCCACACCACAUUCACUCAGCCCCUCUGUCCUGGAUUUGGGCUUUAUGAUUAUGAUGAAUAUCUUCAGAUCUGUGAUCUUAAUUAAAAUACUUAUAAAAGCUGAACAUGUGUUCCAUCUACAGUCGUAUGUGUGCGACUUAAAAAACAAAGAAUCUGACAGAUUAUUAAACAACAUAUAAUGCAGCCGCUUUAAAUCUGUCCUGUAUGUGUUAAACACUAUGGAAUAUGUGCUUUUAUGAACAUUUUAUUAAAAUCAUAAUAUUCUUA